AUGUCCAGGUGCCCCGUGUGUGCACACCCCCAUGUGCUGGCACUGCGUGGCUGGCUCACUGCCCUGGCCCUGCUGUGGACCCUGGUGCUGUGCCGCGGCCUGCGCCGCCCCGUGCCCCAUCCGCAUGUGCCGUGCUACAGCGCUGGUGACCUGCGCGACGGCGAAGCCCCCGCUCCGCUGCUGGCCCGCAGCCUGCGCUGGGACCACUACGUCCCGGUGCAGUUGGUACCGCAGCUCGAGCGCCUGCAGGACAGCCCCGGCCACCGGCGGCACCGCCGGCACGGGGAGCACGCCUGCCCCGCGCUGCAGCUGCGCACCGGGCUGCACAGCGAGCCCCACGAGCGCUCCAUCUCCCCGUGGAGAUACCGCAUCGAUGAGGACGAGGACCGGUACCCGCGCAAGCUGGCCUUCGCCGAGUGCCUCUGCAGCGGCUGCGUGGACGUCAAGACGGGCCGGGAGACGACGUCGCUCAACUCGGUGCCCAUCCACCAGACCAUGAUGGUGCUGCGGCGCAAGCCCUGCCCGCGUCCCGCCGGCCCCGGCCUGGUCACCUUCGAGGUGGACUACAUCAGGGUGCCUGUGGGCUGUACAUGCGUCCUGCCCCGCACCGGGCGCUGAGCAUCGCCACCCCCAAGCUCCCGUGGAGCCCCCAUAGCGUGACCGUGUCACCGCAUCCACCCUGACCCGUGCUUGUUUUAGAGCACCCCCUCAACCCCUCACCCUGUUAUUUAUGUUAUUUAUGAGCCUUAUCGCUGGGGAUCUUCUUUUAACCUGUUAUUUAUUGCUGAUGCUCCCACCAAGGCUGCAACUCCAGGGCCAGCAUCACCCGACGGUGCCCAUGGCCCUGCAGCCGGACCCUGCGAGCGCUGCACGGAGGCUCGCUGGUUAUUUAUUCCCCCCCAAAAAAAAUCCUAUUUAUUGUCUCCUCUGUGUGUGCUAUUUAAUACUGGCAGCCUGCAAAUAAAGGCCG